GAAGGUGAUUGGAAUGAUGAUGAUGAUGAUGUUGAUGACGGGGAUUGGAAUGAUGAUGAUGAUUAUUAUGAUGACGAUGAUCAUAAUGAUGAUGAUCAUGAUGAUCAUGUUUAUGAUGAUGAAGAAAAUUAUUAUUUGAAUAAUGACGAUGAUGACUUUGAUGAUGAUUUGGAUGAUGAUGAUAAUGAUGAUGAUAAUGAUUCCGAUGAUGAUUCGCAUGAUGAUGUUAUUUUGGAUGAUGAUAAAGUGAAUGUUGAUGAUGACGAUCAUAAUGAUGAUGUAAUGGAAAUUAAUGAUUAUGAAGAAGAUUCGUAUGAUGAUAAUGAUGAUGAUGGUGAUGAUAAUGAUGAUGAUUCGUAUGAUGAUAAUGAUGAUGGUGAUGAUAAUGAUGAUGAUUCGGAUGCUGAUGAUUCGGAUGAUGAUGAUAAUGAUUUCGAUGAUUAUGUUGAUGACGUUGAUUUGGAUGAUUGUGAUUAUGAUUUUGAUGGUGACGAUGAUGUUGCUACGGAUUAUGAUGUUGAUGACGAUGAUGACGAUAUGGAUGGUGAUGGUAAUUUGAAUGACGAUGAUAAUGAUGAUGUUGAGGAUGAUGGUAAUGAUGAUGAUUCGGAUAAUGACGUUGUUGAUGAUGAAUAUUUAGUUGAUGAUUUUGAUGACGGUGAUGAUGAUUUUGAUGAUGAUGAUGAUGAUUUGGAUGAUGAUGAUGAUGAUGAUUUGGAUGAUGACGAUGAUGAAGAUGAUGAUGAUUUGGAUCAUGAUGAUUUGGAUCAUUAUGAUUUGGAUGACGAUGAUGAUUCGGCUGAUGAUUAUGAUUUGGAUUAUGAUGAUGAUUCGAAUGAUGAUGAUGUUUUGAACGAUGACGAUGAUGAUGAUUAUUUGGAUGAUGAUGAUCUGAAUGAUUAUGAAUAA